AUGAAUGACGCAUCGGGGUACGCCGGUGGUGCAGGGGGGUUUGGUGGAGGAUUUAGCAUGCAUGGCAUGGGGGGAGCGGGGCGAGCAGGCAUGGGGCAGGCGGGGGCAGGCGGCGGCGGCGGUCAGAUGCCGACAGCCUUCAGCACGCUAUCAGCGAGAGCCGGAGGAGGCGCGCCCGGAGCUCUCGGAAUGCCGGGAGCAGCAGGAGCAGGAGCAGGAGCGGCGACUGCGGGCGGAGCGCACGGCCAAGCCCUCGGCGGGGCCGGGGGCGGCGGCGGCGGCGGCGGCGCAGCGGGAGGCGGUAACGGCGCGGCGGGCGGGGCCGGCGUUGCCCAAAGAGAAGGGGGUGCAGGUGGCGGCGGCGGCGGCGGUAUGUACAUGCAACACCCGGCGGCACCGGGGGGAGGAGCAGCAGCAGCAGCAGGUCAACGGGCGAUGCAGGACGGCAUGCCUUACCCGGCGACGGACUUGCUCUCAACUGUCGGCAACAACAAGGGCGCAACAAAUAUGGCAUCCCAACGCCUGAACGCGGGGCAGCUCGCGAUGGACGGAGCAGGGGCGGGCCUAACCCCGUUCGGUGGCGGCGGCGGCGGCGGCGGCGGCAAUGACCUUGGCGCGCAUGGCCUCGGGGGAGGCGGUGCGGCGGCGGGUAAUGGCGGCGUGAGCGGGCUGGGGGCCGGGCUCGGCGGGGGUGCGCCUGGCGGACACUCUUCUCUGUCCUUUGACAUGAAGGAGUUCCCCGCCCUUGGCAGUGGCAUGGCAAACCUCAACUUGGGGGGAGGCGAAGAGGGAUACUCUCGACAGGCCUACCGAGGCGAGCCGCAAGGAUUCAGCAUGCAGAGCGACGACUUCCCCGCACUGCCCGUGGCCGCUCCAUCUGCAGCAGGCCCAACAGGCUCUUCGGCGCUUGGCGGAGCCACCUUCCACCCGCCCACGGCCACUGAGGGCAUGGGCGCUGGGGCCUUGAGAGGAGCGCCAGGGCAGCCAAGGCCAAUGGGGCCGGGAAUCGCGGGUGGCCCCACCGCAGCGGCAGUAGUGGCUGCGAGCGAGGGGAAGGCGAAGAAGUACGGGCUGCUGGGCUUGCUGGGGGUCAUCCGAAUGACAGAUCCAGAUCUCAACACCCUGGCUUUGGGAUCGGACCUCACGACGGUGGGGCUAAACCUUGACAGCGCAGAGGUGUUGUACGCGUCGUUCGCGAGUCCGUGGGCAGAGGAGCCGGCGACACCAGAACCCCAGUUCACCCUUCCGUCGUGCUACUACCUACAGCCCCCGCCGUUGAAACCUAUGCACUUGAAGAACUUCCAGCUCGAGACGUUGUUCUACAUCUUCUACUCUAUGCCGCAGGACGUGUUGCAGGCAUACGCGGCGCAGGAGUUGCACGCCCGCGAAUGGCGGUUUCAAUCCGUGCUGAAGCUGUGGUUCAAGAGGGUCGGGCCCGCGGAUGGGAACGUGCCCCCCAACGUGGAGUAUAUCUACUUCGACCAUAACGAGUGGCAGCGCCAGUUCUUCGCCGGCAACGUCCAGAUGAUUUUGUUCGUGGCCCGCUGGUUGAGGGGGAUCCGUCGUCUGCGUAUCUGAUUUCUGGCCUUCGAAGGGUUGGUGUUGCUCCGAAUGAAGAGGUUUUGGAGUGGAAAGAGAGCGAGAGAGUGGUGCUGAAAGCUCUGUUUCAACAUACACGUGUGUCGGGGGGGGGGGCACACUCAUGUUUUGCGUAUUAGACCAUUGUAUCUUCCACGUUUUUGUUUUGUCCUUUCACAAACACGACGAAUUCACCUCUUUCCACAGACCGUAAGGCUGGGAUAAAGUAACACAUUUCUUGACGGUGGUGCAUGACCAACCUGCGUUUAUGUUAUGCUACAUGUACACCUCCACCUAUUAUUAUUUUUGAUGGUUCCGUCGUAGGGCUUGCAUGACGUACAACGGCCGGGCAGUAUAUCUGUAACCGUUCUUGAUACUGCAGCAGGCCGGACGUACAUCACACCCUCACCACAUGCGUCGCUCAGAUUUCUUCCGACGCACCAGCAGCGACCAGGAAGGACUUGUUGGAAGGAAGUUGUGUGGUUGUUGGAACAGCAGUAGCGGCGGUGUGUCGGAGGCUGGAAGCCGACGUCUGUUGUCUGUUACAUGGACGUGAUACGAGCGAGUCCGAAAUGCCAAUUGUCCGCGCCAUGCACAAUCGAACGUUGCGCCGCACGGGUGGAUGGCCAUCACAAAGGUGUCUGUGUUGGUGGCAUCCAACUUUACUGUUUGGUUACUUGUCUGGCGUGUUCG